AUGAGCAAAAAAAUUGAUCGAGAAUCCCUACAAGCUUGGGCAGAACAUUGUGGUAAAGUAUUAUUCCCUUCGCUGGACAGUUUUAUCACAUUUAUUAAUAAAAGACGUGAUGCUUUGGAACGUUUACCAUCUACAAAUAAACAUUUACAAAAGAGUAAGUCGAUUCGCACUUAUACUAGCAACAUGAAAAAGGGAUGCGUUGUUUGUACCCAAACCCAUUAUCUCUCUUAUUGCCCUACGUUUAAUAGAGUUGAUACGUCUUCUCGAAUUGAAAUAAUAAAAGAGAAGAAUUUGUGCUUUAACUGCCUGAAACCAAAUCAUCGAGUACAAAACUGUCCGUCAAGAAUUACUUGUGAAGUUUGCCAUGGUCAUCAUCACUCUUUAAUACAUUUGGAGCAUAAGCCGCCAGCUAACUCUUCAACUAAGGUAAAAAAGCCAAAGGAUGAACUAACAAAAAAGCCAGCUGCUGCUAAUACAACAUUCCUCAUAUCUGAGGAUUCUUCGGUAAAUUUAUCAACAUCAUCUGAGGUAAAUUAUAUAAAUAUGUUAUUGCCAACUGCUAGGGUUGUGGUUAAAGAUAAUAUGGGAUAUUAUCAAAGCUGUAAUAUAUUAUUAGAUUCCGGUUGUCAAAAUACUUUAAUUUCAGAAAAGUGUGCCCAAAGAUUAAGCCUAGUAAGAAGCCCUUCUAAAAUUUACGUAAGUGGACUGGCUAAUAUGAAGGCUGGAGCAACGAGAGAGGGCAGUAUUUGUAAAAAUGGUAAUUUAGUUGCCCAAAAUACAGCCUUCGGUUGGGUAGUGUGUAGUGGAUGUUCGAUGGAAGAUUCCUUUGCCGUAUUCUAUACAAUGAAUUACUAUAGUCCAGAAGAGGAUAUUAAUCACUCAUUACGUUUAUUUUGGGAAAUUGAAAGAGUCUGUUAUAAAGAACCAUCAUUAACUAAGGAUGAUCAAAGGGCUGAAGAUUAUUAUAGAGCUACGACACUGCGAGGCAAAAGAUAUUCAGUGAGAUUGCCUUUCAAACAUAAGCCCGAAUUAGGAAUUUCUUAUAAUGCUGCAUUGAGAAGACUUCAAGCUUUGGGACGUAAGUUUAAAUCUAACAUUAUUUUAAAGGAUUCUUAUUCUGAGUUUAUGAGAGAAUAUCUUAAUAUGGGACAUAUGGAACUUAUUCCAAAAGAUGAGAUAAAUCGCCCUGCUCCCGAAAUAUAUUAUCUACCACACCAUGCUGUGUUAAAAGAUUUUAGUAUUACUACAAAGGUACGUGUUGUUUUUGACGGUUCUAGUAAACCAUCAAAUGGGAAAUCUCUAAAUGACAAUCUUCUAAAAGGUUCCAUUUUGCAGCAAGAUAUAGUAGCUGUAAUAUUACGACAUAGAUUAACGUAUGGUACCACACCCGCACCAUAUCUUUUAAUACGUACACUUUUGACGUUGAGCGAAGAUGAGCGUGAACAUUUUCCCUUAGCUAGUGAAGCUUUAAAAACGAGUUUUUAUCUUGAUGAUUGUAUGGCUGGCUCCAAUACAAUAGAAGAUGCUGCAAAACUAGCGGAACAGUUAAAUGAGUUGCUUACGGCUGGCGGCUUUCAAUUAAGAAAAUUGGCUGCUAAUAAUAGCAAUGUUCUAAUAAAAAUUCCCGAGAGUGAUAAAUUAGAGACUCAUAGAACUGGCUAUAUAUUGGAAUCCCUACCUGAGGUCAAAUGGAGGUAUGUACCUACUAAAUUAAAUCCUGCUGAUUGUGCUAGCAGAGGUGUUAGAUCUAGCUAUAUAGUCGAAGAUAAAAUGUGGUUUAAAGGUCCACCAUUCCUUCUACAUGAUUCUAGUGAGUGGCCAAAAUCAAUUAAAGACGUUAUAACUGAUGAAGAGUUACAUGUGGGUAAAUUAUUUGCAUUUCAUAAUGCAACAACUUCCAAAUCGGAUGACACCCCUUUAGAUGUUUGUGCUAUUUUAAAUAAAAGAAUAUCUAAUUUUCAACGCAUGAUGAUACAAAUACCAUCAGAACUUGGAAUUUCUUGA